CGAACUAGGAGCACUGGUUGGCUGCACCGCUUUGGACGGGCCUUCGUUCGGUAGAUUGUCGGCAGCUUCGGUUAUAUAUUUUUUUAAGCCAUGGCUAAAGACAAGCGAAAGAACGAGGAGGCGGCGGAGGAGGUGCCGCUAAAGAAGCAAAAGGCAGUAAAGGUGGAUGACAAUAAGAAAGCGGAGAAGAAGGCCGCCAAGGAAGCUGCUGAGGAGGCGGUGCAGGCGGUGACCCCGGCUCCGGAGGCCAAAGAAGAUCCUGUUCUCGAGGGAGCGGAGGAGGUUGCCAAGCUGAAGAAGAAGGAUAAGAAAAAGGACAAGAAGCGGGAUAGCGAGGCGGCGCAGGAGGACAAAACCGUUGCCGUUGCGGUAACGGCGGCGGCGGCGAAGAAGAAGGAAAAGGAGGAGGAGGAGGAGCCGCCAGCGACGACGUCAGCCAAGGCUAAAAAGGAAAAGAAGGGUUUGAAGUCUGGAGAUGAGGUUGUGCCGCCGGCCGCCGCCGCCGUUGCUCCCGCCGAGGCUGACGGGGCGGCGGAUGAGGCGGCGGCGGAGGCUGCUGAGGGCAAGAAGCAAAAGAAGCAAAAGAAGGAGAAGCGUCAGGCUGAGGAGGUUGGGCAGCAGCAGCAGCAGCAACCGCAGUCGGAGGAACUGCCCGCGGCCAAGAAGAUGAAGCAGCAGCAGGGGGUGGUAGGUGCCGCGGAUAAUGGCCAAGAGGCUUCAGCCGGCAAGGCCAAGAAGAAGGGUAAGAAGCAGAUUGAGACGGCUGACGGUCUGGUGGGGCAGGGCGAGGAUGCGGCGCCGACGACGCCAGCGCCGACGGGGCCGUCACACGGCACGGCAGAGAAGAGCAAGAAGAAGGAC